AUGUGUGACGGGAUCACAUUAAAGUCAGCUCUGCAAAUCGCUGGACCGGACCAGACUUUGUCUUGUCCAGUUGAAUAUCGUAAUGAAAAGGGGUAUGCAUUUUGUGACGCUCUUGUUGGACUAACACUGCUAAACCAGUUUAGUAUUUCAAGCAGACGCGAGCGUAGGAUGGCGCGUCGACGUCACAUUCGACUUGCGCUUUUACUUACACUCGUCUUUAUAGUGCUGCUCUUGAUAGCCACAGUUGCCUCUGAUGCCACAUCACAUGGCUUAACAAUAAGUUUUACUUCAGAGAUUCAAGAAGAGGCAGAGCUACCAGCAAACGAUUCGUUUACAUUUGAUGGCACAACGUCCGAUAUAUCUCGACAGCUCUACUUGAGGCAUAUAGCAGGGGAUAGCAUCGACAGGGUGGUGCCCAACACGAUUCCAAGUGCUGUCACAACGCGACUGUCGCCAUUUAACGUGUCCUUUGAGAACCUUCCCGGUUUGUUGCAGCGAGCUCUGCUCUGGGACUCAGGCUACGUGAUAUCACCACAAAACGAAGCCGUGCAAAUUUGGACUCUUGGAGGUAGAUCAAUGGCUGCUCUGGCCGUGACGACGGUCGAGUUUGAUGCGACCGGAUGCAUAGCCUUGAGCUGUAGUCAGCCAGACAAUACGACGUACAAUGCCAAUGAGUUUUGCACAGGUACAAAGAUGCUAACAGCGGCCAAGUGUCUGAUGGAUAACUUUAGCUCGGACACUAGUUCAUAUACUGCAAUGUGGUCGGACGGAGGAUAUCUUGAGAUGAUCCCGGAAAUUCGGGCCGUGAUGCAUGGCUGGUUGGACCCGUCGACAAAUAAGUCGUAUUUGCUUUCGGCUGUGCAUACGAUGAGCAUUGACUCGGAGCCGGCGUACGGGACUUGCAACGAAGGAGGCUAUGGAUCACUCGUGCUGCCGUGCCAUCCGAUGAGCGGCGCCUCUUCAGACGUCGUCAAAAUGAUGUCAUUGCCCAUCGCAACGCCGUGGAUGACGACAUGGAUUAAGCAGUACCAGCCGAGCACGGACACAGCAGUGAAUGGACAGUCCGACAACGAUGGAAGCGGCGUCAGUCUAUGGCUACUUAUUCCCCUUAUUAUUGCUGCAGUGGUGGUGACCAUAUUUAUCUUCUUCAUCGUGUUCAGGAAGCGUCGGCGACUACAAUCUGCUUAUUGGCAGCGUAGCACUCCUGCAGGUACUGAUAGCUUUGAACCGAGGGAAAAGUCAACCCUGUCGGUACCAGUUGCUAAGUCUUGCCAGAAAGAUAACACGACAAGUCUCCGUCGCACAAAACAAGAGACACUCGGUGAGUUUAGUCAAACCCUUCGAUUGCCAGGAGAGGAAGACAGCUCGGUCGAAGAACCAUCGCCCAUGAUUGAAGAAGUCUUACCGCGUCCACGACGAAAUACUGCACCCGUGUCAAUGAGUAGUCUUGCAGCUCGAGGAAGUUAUCCAGUUGGCCAAACCAAUUCACAAGUAUAUAGAAGUGGUACGGUGCCAGCAGCUCAGAGUAUUGCAUCAGGAGCACAAACUGAAGCAUCUGCAUGUAUUGCACCAACUGCACAAAGCCGAUCAUUUGGAGCUUCGACUCGUGCCCUUCGUCAUUCUACAGCUCAGACAUCUACUUUUGGAGUGCGUCACCCUUCAGCUCACGCGUUGAGUAAUGCGAUGAGUCAAGCUGCUCCUCGAAGCUUUGUGUCAGGACAGAGGAGCAAAUCAGAAGUUCACGGUACCAGAUCGUUGACGUAUAGUCAUGCGCCUACAGAUCGAGAGCUUUUGCCAACACUUAGGGAGUCGGUAUUGAUGCCUAAGAUUCGAGGAGUGAUGCCGUCAAUCUGCGAUUCGAUUCAAGCGGAUCGCGAAUUGAUUCCUGCGAUGCGAGAGACUUUCUGUCGCUACUCUGCUGCGGACAGCGUCCACUACACGUUGACAACCGACCCUAACCUUGUUGGAAAGCGAAUUGCAUGGGAGCGGAUUGAGCUUGGUAGCUUGCUUUCCAGAGGUGCUUACGGAGAGGUGUGGGCAUGUCGAUAUGCUGGCCAGAAAGUGGCCAUCAAGCGGUUGCUGCAGUCAAAAGAGCCCACGUUUCAUGCGACAGAAAAUUUUAAGAAUGAGAUCCAGCUUACCGCUAGUCUGAACCACCCGAACAUUGUGCGCUUUAUUGGCGUAACGUGGAGCAGUCUGGUGAACCUGGCAAUGGUGAUCGAGUACCUCCCUCGAGGUGACAUGCAGAACUAUCUACAACGAAAUGGCGAUUUAAUUACUUGGGCGCGUGACAAAAUUGACAUGGCUAUUGGCGUUGUGAAGGCGAUCGCGUAUUUGCACAGUCGUGAAGUCAUCCAUCGUGACAUCAAGGCCCGAAACGUGCUACUGACUAAGCGACUCCAGCCGAAGCUGAUCGACUUUGGGGCUAGUCGUCUCUCGGCUCCCAGCGAGAUGUCAGCAGGGAUUGGAACGCCCUAUUGGACUGCACCAGAGGUACUCGAGAGUACCGAGUACACCGAGAAGGCAGAUAUUUAUUCAUUUGGAGUGUUGUUGUCGGAACUAGACACAUGCAAAGCCCCGUACCACAACAGAGUGGGGACGAAUGGGGAAAAGAUGAAACCGUUUCAUAUUCUGACGGAAGUCGUGGAUGGCUCCUUGAGACCGAGUCUAUCGACAGGAUGUCCCGAACGCAUUCGUAAAGCAGCGGACGCGUGUUUCCAGCACGACCCGAAUAUGAGGCCGUCAGCUUUGGAGCUCAUCAAGUUGCUAGAUGGCUAA